ACCUAACUCCCACGAGAAAAAAAUUAAAAUAAAAAAAAUUCCCUAACCAACUGAACGACUUUGCUCAUCAUCCAAAAAGAGGAGACAAGAGCAUCAUCAUCAAUAUCAUCACCAUAAACAAAAAGAGAAAACAGAGUAGACCGAAAGGAAGAAAAUCAUCAUCCAUGGCUUCAUCAUCAUCUGCAGUAAAGACAGAGGCAGUUGAUGUUACACUAGCUGCACUUGGAUUUGUGUUUGAAGAGCUUUCAGCUGACAAAGUCUCAGGCCACAUUCAAGUGUCCCUCAAAUGCUGUCAGCCAUUCAAGGUCCUGCAUGGAGGAGUCUCAGCUCUGAUUGCAGAGUCGUUGGCAAGUAUAGGAGCCCACAUGGCAUCCGGGUUCAAAAGGGUUGCUGGGAUUCACCUUAGUAUCAAUCAUGUCAAGAGUGCUCAUUUGGGAGACCUUGUCUUUGCUGAGGCUACUCCUGUUAGUCUUGGCAAAACCGUUCAAGUCUGGGAAGUGAAGCUCUGGAAGAUUGGUACUAGUAGAAAUACCUUCUCUAAUUCAUCAGAAGAAAGAUCUUUGACUGCUUCAUCAAGAGUUACUCUUUUGUGUAAUUUGCCUGUCCCAGAAAAUGCUAAAAAUGCAGGCGACAAUCUGAAGAAGUAUGCUAAAUUAUGAAUCCCACUUCUUGAAGUUGUACAUCAUGUCUUGUACAAUCAAUAAGAAACUCAAAUCAUUUGCUGCACAAUCAUUGCACGGCUAUUUGCAGAAUUCGCAGAUAUCUGAAGAUUUUGGGGAGUAUCAUGAACCCCUUCCUUCAUGAUGUAACUUAUAGUCAGUAGUCACCUCAUGCUCUGUGCAGGUACCUGUAGUUGGGAAUCUCUUGAAAAGUGAAUGAAAGAAAGCUAAUUUUAUAAGUCCCCAGUUAGAAUAAGUUGGAAUUAGAGGACAUUGAAGUGAUUUUAUUGUAUGCAAAUAUGUCUUGUGAUGUUACUAUGGCCUUGUCCUGCCUCCAAAAAUUCUUAGUAAUUAAGAAGAUACACCUGGUACAAUCA